GAUUGUUCUGUCAGUCGAUCUCACUUUUCCUCGGUUUUAGCUUCUGAGCUGAGAUCUCGCUGGGUGAGGGAUUCCGAUUUAUAUCCCGGCUAUUUCUUUUAUGGAUGGGACUGGUGCACAAGCUGCCUGUGUUGUGUGUCGUAGCUGAUUGGUUACUUGGGCUGUGUUUGGUGUGCGGAUUCUAGGCUCGGUAUCUUGACACUAGUUAGCCAUGCCAUUAUGCCAAUUAGGUGCUGACAUUUAUUGAUCGUUGUCUACGGGGUGAACAGGGUAUGAUGCCGCUGGUUGUUCAUCAGUUGUGAUGUUUAGGGUUCUUUUCAGCUUUUAAACCACCAGGAUUCCAUUUGUUGUUCAUUUCUUUCCGCUGUCAAGCGAGUCCUAGUUGUAGUAAAUAGUAAUCUAUUUUUGCACGACCUACGGGUGCAACACCAUCCAUGGACAAGAUCAAGUGGCCAGGCACUGUAAAGGUUGUGGCAGUAAUCUGGGAUUCCAUUCCGGGAGAGGAUGGCCUAGAAGGCUUUGGGGAUGACUUAUGGUUAGGGUUUGGUUAAAGGGAGGACAGGAUGGUGCAACCACUUGAUGAGUGAAAAUGGAUGGAAGUGCUAGAGGGGGUGGGCAUUCUGAUGCAUUAAGAAACUACAACCUGGGAAGAACAUUAGGUAUUGGUACAUUUGGAAAAGUGAAGAUCGCAGAGCAUAAGCUUACAGGACAUAGGGUUGCUAUAAAGAUCAUUAACUGCCGCCAAAUGAAAAAUAUGGAAAUGGAGGAGAAAGCAAAGAGAGAAAUCAAGAUAUUGAAGUUGUUCAUUCACCCCCAUAUCAUCCGGCUUUAUGAGGUCAUUUACACACCUACAGAUAUAUAUGUUGUGAUGGAAUAUUGUAAGUAUGGUGAGCUGUUUGAUUACAUUGUUGAGAAAGGCAGAUUACAGGAAGAUGAAGCUCGUCGUAUCUUCCAGCAGAUCAUAUCUGGUGUGGAAUACUGCCAUAGAAACAUGGUUGUCCAUCGUGACCUAAAGCCAGAAAACUUGUUACUUGACUCAAAGUAUAAUGUAAAACUUGCGGACUUUGGCUUGAGCAAUGUCAUGCAUGAUGGUCAUUUUUUGAAGACUAGCUGUGGGAGUCCAAACUACGCUGCUCCUGAGGUAAUAUCUGGUAAAUUAUAUGCUGGACCUGAGGUUGAUGUAUGGAGUUGUGGAGUGAUCCUUUAUGCACUUCUUUGUGGAACUCUUCCAUUUGAUGAUGAGAAUAUUCCCAACCUGUUCAAAAAGAUUAAGGGAGGUAUCUACACUCUUCCAAGUCAUUUGUCUGCUUUAGCUAGGGAUUUGAUCCCAAGAAUGCUCGUUGUUGAGCCUAUGAAGAGAAUCACAAUUCGUGAAAUUCGGGAGCAUCAAUGGUUCCAGAAUCGCCUUCCUCGUUACUUGGCAGUGCCUCCACCAGACACGACGCAGCAAGCCAAAAUGAUUGAUGAGGAUACACUUCGAGAUGUUGUUAAUAUGGGAUUUAACAAGGACCAUGUGUGCGAAUCACUGUGCAGCAGACUUCAAAAUGAGGCAACAGUUGCAUAUUAUUUACUAUUGGACAAUCGGUUUAAAGCAACCAGUGGCUAUCUUGGGGCAGAUUAUCAAGAAUCAAUGGAUAGGAAUUUAAAUCAGCUGGCAUCAUCCGAAUCAACUAGUUCUGGUGUGAGGAAUUAUGUUCCAGGAAGCACAGAUCCUCAUAGCAACGGCCUGCGGACACAUUAUCCAGUUGAAAGAAAAUGGGCACUUGGACUUCAGUCUCGGGCCCACCCACGUGAAAUAAUGAUUGAGGUCCUAAAAGCACUUCAAGAAUUAAAUGUCAGCUGGAAGAAGAAUGGACACUACAACAUGAAAUGCAGAUGGUGUCCGGAGUUUUCAGAAGCCCAUGAUAUGUUAGAUUCCAGUAACAGCUUUCUUGGUGACUCUACCAUCAUGGAUAAUGAUGAUGCAAAUGGAAGGCUACCUGCUGUGAUCAAAUUUGAAAUCCAGCUUUACAAGACGAGGGAUGAGAAAUACCUCCUCGAUAUGCAGAGAGUUACUGGACCUCAGCUCCUCUUCCUGGACUUUUGUGCGGCCUUCCUUACCAAGCUUAGGGUUCUAUAGUGCUCUGUUUCUCUUCAGAGUGGCGAAUAACUAAACUUAGGGCUCUGCCGUGUGAGUUUUUUCACUGCAGUAAUGAAUAAACUACAGCUUGUAAAUAGAAAUAGGAACCUUUGCGCCUUUUUCAUGUCUUUGGACAGCAGAACGUGUUGUUUGAGUGACUGGUCUUGUGUUAUGCCCAAAGGUUGGCAGUUAACUUGUUAUAGAUAUAUAGAUAUACAUAGGUUUAGUAUAACUGUCUGGGGAGAAAUUGCUUUUUAAGCAAGCUGUGGGCUGUGGCAUCGCAGAUGGCAAUGCUGCAGUAUAAAGCUCUUGUGAAAAAUGCAAGAUCCAGCUUCUGUUCACCUUACUACAUAGCUAUCCUCCGAUGUACUUGAAUUUUUUGCAAUUGCUAAUGUUUUCUUGAUAGCCA